GAAUUAUAUAAAUAUGUUUUUGAAUACACUUUUUAUUUGGUUCUUAUUAGCAAAGUGAAAGUGUAAUUGCUAUGUCGUGAUAAAUAAAAUAAAUCAAAAGUUUGACGCGACACCUCUUUCCCCCGGGAGCAGUUAAUAGCCACUAUGGAAUCAGCAUAUAAGUUGGAACUGGAAAAUCUUUACCACAUUCAACAUGGGUCCGUUGCACCUUCUGUUGGCCAUCUUGGUUUUCUCAACUCCUGGCAGGGAAAGCUCCCUUCAUAAUCUUGUUCAUCACCUGAGUAAAGAGCUUAAAUUUGACCAUGCUCUGGUUUUGGGAGACUCGGAUCCCAAUUGGCUGAAGGUCGUGUGGCAACUUCCUGUUCCCUUAAUCCAAAUAAAAGAAAAACAUAGGAUGGACUUUAAUUUGGACAAAUAUCAUUCCCACAACUUCCUUGCAAUUGCUUUUGUGAGCGAUUCUCCAGAGGAAAUACUGGAUAGUUUAGAAUUUAAUCUAAAAACAUUGAACACACGGCCAGUGCUUUUGGUUCUUAAGAAAAUUACAAUACGAGUGCAUCGAAUGUUGGAAUGGUGUUGGAACCAUCAACUACUUAAUGUCGUGGCCAUUGGACCGGAUUUUGAGGAGUCUUUAAUUCUCUACAGCUAUACACCGUUUCCCAUCUUGCAGUUUAUUGAGAGGCGAUUGGAUGCCAGUACCAUAAUAUUCGAAUCACGUUUGGGAAACCUUCAUGGCUAUCGAUUGCCCAUCGCUUUGGGUGGAUCUUCGCCUCGUUUGAUUGUCUAUCGAGGCUUGGAUGGGAAAUUGAUUUUCUCAGGACCUGUCGGUAAUUUCAUGUUGAGUUUUGAGCAGCGAUUCAAUUGCAAACUGACUCUGCCAUAUCCUUUUGAUGAGUCGGUGACUACGCCAUCUCGGGAACUCAUUGGGGCCGUGCGAAAUGGCAGUGCCGAAAUUGCUCUGGCGGCUACUUAUGCUUUAAUACCGUUUACUGGAUAUUCGUACCCUUUCGAACUGAUGAGCUGGUGCCUCAUGAUGCCUUUGCCAGCGGAGGUUCCUCACAGUCAGCUUUACAGUAUGGUUUUUAGUCCUACGGCAUUUUGGAUGACAUUCUUUGCCGUGGUGAUGAUUUCGCUGAUCUUAUCCAUUGCUCUUCGCGUCCACGGAUAUCGAGUCAGCUUUAGUGAGUACUUCCUGCACGACAGCUGCUUGAGAGGAGUCGUGUCUCAAACGUUCUACGAGGUCCUUCGAGCUCCUCCCUUGGUGAGGGGUAUUUACCUGGUGAUUUGUUUGCUCGGACUGCUGAUUACCUCCUGGUACAACUCGUACUACUCAACCUUUGUGACCAGUGCUCCAAGACUUCCAGCCUUCACCAGUUAUGAGAGUAUCAAACGAUCAAACACAAAGGUCGUGGUCUGGAAACCGGAAUUCGAUAUGCUACUCUUUUUGUCCGAAAACAUGGAAAAGUACUCGUCCAUAUUUCAGUUGCACAAGGACUACCAGGAGUUUUUGCAUUUGCGAGACUCCUUUGACACCAGAUACGGCUACAUGAUGCCACUGGAGAAGUGGUCACUGAUGAAAGAGCAACAAAAGGUAUUCAGUUCACCGCUGUUCAGCUUGCAGGAGGAUCUGUGCGUUUUUCACACGGUGCCCAUAGUGUUUCCCAUUGCGAAUAACACGAUAUUCAGGGAACCUUUGGAUCGUCUCAUUUUGGAAGUGACCGCAACGGGUCUUCUUAGUCACUGGCGCGAUAUGGUCUUUACGGAAAUGAUCAAGGCUGGUCAAUUGCAGCUAGCAGAUCGAGGACAUCCUAAGGAAUUUCGGGCCAUGAAAGUGGAGGACCUGGAACAGAUUUGGCAUUGUGCGGGUUAUAUGCUUGGCCUGGCGACAUUCGUUUUUCUCCUCGAGUUGAUUUGCUUCUGGCAGCCUAAAAUUUGGACUGGCACAAACCCCUAG